CACUGGUCGAGAUAGUAAUCCUCUCAGGAGAAUAAACACGGCACAACAACACAAGGACCUGCGUAGGAUGUAUAAUCGUCGGCUGUCUCUCAUCCUGUAUAUUCGUAUAGAUUGAAAAGUCUUAUUAGUAUUGUGUACGCUUGGGAAGAAAUGGUUACGAUGAACGGACUGUGUGAGAUGGACUGCAACGUGCUGAAAAGGCUGCUGAAAGAGGACAGUGGGAAAUGCCUGCUGUUGGACUGUAGGUCUUUCUUGGCUUUCAGCGCCGGACACAUCCGAGGCGCUGUGAACAUCCGCUGUAACACUAUCGUGCGGAGACGGGCGAAGGGCUCCGUAUCCCUGGAUCAGAUCCUGUCGGGUGACGAGGAGGUCAAAAUGCGGCUUCAAUCCGGACUCUACUCCGCUGUUAUUCUGUACGACGAGAGGACGCAUGAUGCGGACAACGUGAAGGACGACAGCACGGUUAAUUUGGUUCUUAAAGCCUUGUACAGGGCUACAUAUGGGACUGAAAUAUAUCUACUGAAAGGGGGCUACGACAGAUUUUUCUCGGAGUAUCCCGAAUUUUGCCUGAAAACCAAAAUUUUGUCCAGCUCCUCAUUUCAGUCCGGCGGAGAGCCCAGCUGCAGCUCCUGUGGGACCCCCCACCACGACCAGGGCGGGCCAGUGGAGAUCCUUCCCUUCUUGUUCCUGGGCAGCGCGUAUCAUGCCUCCAAGAAGGACAUGCUGGAUGGCAUGGGCAUUUCUGCGCUACUCAAUGUGUCCUCCAGCUGCCCCAACCACUUCGAGGGCGUCUACACGUACAAGUGCAUUCCGGUGGAAGACAACCACAAGGCAGACAUCAGCUCCUGGUUCAUCGAGGCCAUCGACUACAUUGAUUCAGUGAAGGCCUCCAAUGGCCGUGUGCUGGUGCACUGCCAGGCGGGGAUCUCGCGCUCAGCCACCAUCUGCCUGGCCUACCUGAUGAAGAGGAAGCAGGUGCGCCUUGAGGAGGCCUUUGAGUUUGUGCGGCAGCGGCGCAGUGUCAUCUCGCCCAAUUUCAGCUUCAUGGGCCAGCUGCUGCAGUUCGAGUCCCAGGUCCUGGCUACGUCCUGCUCUGUGGAGGCUGCUAGCCCCCCCCCUCCACACGGACCCAAGGUGGUGGUCCCCACCGAGGCAGAGAAUAAUAACAUGCAGUACAAUGACAUCAACAAGUAG